AUGGCAUCGGUCGCUAAUGGAUGGCUCGAUAGCCUCUCCGAAGACUGGGUGUCUCAACCGCGCUCGUCUCCCCCGCCGUCUGUAUCGCAUACCGUUUCUUCCGCAACGCACAAUGCUGCCGAUAUACAUGCUCAGAGCAAGAGCCGGAUACCGCGUUUACGAAGUUCAUCGGGCGCGUUUCCCUCCGCUCACGGCAGGAGCAAUGGCACCCCAAAACGCAGGAGCGCACUGAGCGAACGAAGCGCAAGCGACAACAACGCACUUCCGGACAAUUCGCCUCGUGAGGGCUUCAGGAAGGCAACAGCAGGGGCACCCAGCUCACGUUCGCUAUCUACGUCCUCCGCCCAGUCAGUGGUCCGGCAUGGGACCGUCGAACAGCGCCCACGCCUCACUUCCUCGGGAAAUCAAAUAGGGAAACACGAAACUCCAGAUUGGAAGAGACGGCUCCUGAAGGGGCAGAUGGGGUAUCAGGAUCAGAAAGACUUGUUUAGUCCGAUGCCUUUGGAGAACUUGUUUCAAAAGCCCGCCGCACCCCAGUCGAUCAGAAAUUCCCCAAACGGCAAACGAGGACUAUCAUUCUUGAAAGGCGUGAGCUCCAUGCCCUCAAGCCCCCCUCCUUGGCCGAAAACGGACGGUAAUUCAAGUCGAAUCCGUUCAAGCAGGAUGCAGCCACGGACAGAUCAAUACGAAUCGCAGAUUGCCGAGGACGACCAGGAGGAUGAACAAUUGUCGUCUAUCGAACAAGAUGAACAAUACGACUACAGCGGCCCCGAAGAUGACACAGACAGGUUGGAGGCUAGUUUACUGAGGAGCGAGGUGUCUUUACUGCGACCGGAAGUAUCGAAGCUACCCAUUGGCAAAACGCGGCGAGUCAACGAUGGGGCGACGGAGUCUGUGCGGGACGAAGCCACUUCUGACCAUUCCCGGACUGCAAGUGGACAAACCGAACUGCGGUAUGAGGAGUUCAGCCCCGUCUUUAUCUCCAAGCACAACACCACUGAUGGACAAAUCGAUUAUGUUGCCCUGUCAAAGUCACAGAUCGCCGACCGGUUACGACGACAUGAUAUGCAGGACAACGAUUUUGAGCUUUCUACAGUUAGCGACAGCAGACAAUCGGAAAGCCUUGCAAACGAGACACUUCCAGAAGACCUUCCUGUAGGCACUCCGGACGUCCUCAAUAUCGGUGAAUUCGUGAGCGUGAGGCGAGGAGGCUACUCGGCCGACGGAUCCUUUCAGCGGCGUCUAUUGAGUCCAUCCCCGUUGAAGUCGAUUACUGAUCUGAACGAUGAGAGCUCUACCCAGCGACGAAUUGAUAUAUCUAGGCCUAGCCAGAAGUCUACCGAGGACACAGCGACAGUACUUCCAGCUGCUCCCAGCCCGCCUCUAGUACCGCUUACUCCUGCUAAAAGUGGUCAAUCAAACCUCCUGAGCCCCGGGAAAACGAGGUCUUCCGCAAGUCCGCUCAAGCUUUUUGGAGAUCAUGAUACCUUCACCAGUACCCGACUCCAUAGAAGGCUGAGCCAGCUUGAAGACCUUGUGCCGGAUGAGCUGCAAGCAGAAGGAAAGAGCGCAAGUACGAGGUCUCCAAGAAGACGUAAUGCGGACCCUAGACUUUCCUCCCUAGAAGAAACGAGUUUUCAAGAUACAGCAAGCCCGAAAGUUACCACCGCGGCGGCGAAGCAGUCUUCAAAACGUCAGUUGUCAACCGGAAGCAAUUUCGGACAAGGAGAGCUGGACGAAUACCCGUUCCCAGACGACCUGUCCUUUGCUUCCUCAAACGGCGACGACGCGAGUGGGCUCGAUAUCAGUCGAUCACCAUCUCCCAGCGCAGCGCCGCCAGGUUCUCAAGCGCAGUUCAAGUUCCGUCUUGGCUCCUCUCCGGAAAUCUACAACACGUUCAAGCACAAAGGGAAACUCUCGGAGCGGUCACGGGAGAGUUCCAUCACGGUGACGAAGCGGAGUUCCCUCAAGUCUUCCAAAGCCAAGUUAGCUGGCCGACCACUCGCUUCCAAUGACUCAGGCAAUGUAUCGCAGGGUGCUGUAACAGGUAAUGCUAAGAGCAAGAGGCCACCAACAUCCCCUUAUAAAAAUCCAACACCAAAACGCCGGCGGACUUUGUGUACCAUUGAGAUCGACGAGCAUGAGGAUGUCGUUGUCGAAUCUGUUAAGGAGUCGCAUACUGCUAUACAGUCCAUUGUCAGCACAAAGCCCCACAACGCACGGCAAGGGAGCUACAGCAACCCCGUUGACCCAAACACCCUCGCGCAACGGCACAUUCUGCGGCCAAGAAAUCCGACACCUAGCCAAAGGCGGCGGAAUCAGAUCCAGGCCGAGAUACUUGAGGCGACGGACGCAUUUCUUUCGAGCUCGCCAAGGCUUCAGGCUAUCCAAGAGCACUUUUCUUCGCCAGCUGCGCCUGGUACCGCCGCCGAAGCUCUCCAAGCCAAAACCAUCGCGGGCGAAGUCGCUGCUUUCACCGUACGGGUGGCGCAAGGCAUGAAGGAUGAAGGUCGCAAGAGAUCCGUCACCACGCAAGAUUUUCUCGACGAAGCGAGGAGUAUUAUGGAAUACUUCCGCAACAGAGGAAGGCCGAUAAGCGCGUUGAGCAGUUUGGAGGAAUCAGAGUCAGAACACCCAGAUGCUGGCGACGAUGCGCCCAUCAAUACCUCGCUAACUUUCUCCAGGCCACCCAGUCGGGAGGGCCGAAGGAGUGGUUGGAGGUCUGAAGCACCCCAAGAUCUCGGUCUGCGUGUAAUGAGCCAUCUCCGGCAUUUCGAAGAGAAGGACGACGAGAACUUCAUAGCAUCAAUGCGAUCAUUACACCUCAGCCCAGCAAAAGAGCAAAACUGUGUGGACAGCGCUCUACCUAUGAGCGAACCGAGUAAUAUCCGCAUCAGUCAGAACCGUUCUUUGGACAAUGGCCGUGGUCGCUCGGAGUCUGAUGCCACUCAGCCGGGAACCGGGUCCUCGAGGACCACUGCUAAGACGCACACAUCUCAGAUGUCGGUGGACUCGUCGCUUGGCAGGACUAUCAACACAAAUGUAUCCCGACGGUCAGGUACUGUUGCAACGUUGGGUCCCGAGCUUGUCGUCCCCUUGAUAGGCGAUCAGGUUGCAGAUAUGCGCUUCGACAAGGAGCUGGGCAAGUGGGUCAGGACCAAAAGUCCAAAGAAGGAUAAGAAAGCGCCUGGUGAUAUCAGCCAUGUUACAGAAAGCGAGGAGGAUCCUUUUGGGAAUAUCCCUGACCUUACGGUGGACGAGAUGAACGAACUCGCAAGGAGCGGCCCCGCAACCGUUAAAUCGUUUGGUGGACCAGACGCCAAAGCAUCUCGCACGAUCGAUGAUGCGACGGUCCAUGAAAUAGACCACGCUCAGCCCACAGGAGUGGAGGCGCAAAGUAGUCGGCCGACAACACGUGGAACCACCGAACCUACAUUGGGAGAUGCCAGUACCGUCCCUUCGAGAUUCUCCAAUUUUGGAUCAAGCGGACCCCAAAUCGAGACUCGGGCUACCUCAUGGAGCGAACAGGGCACGGUAAACAAAGCAAUGGGAAAUAUUCAAGCGCAUUCCACCGCGUCCAUUGAGCCACAGGGAGCCAGUGAGGGAAUAGAGCACGAGUUUCAGAUUAAUGAGGGCCGUACCGAUAAGCCUGUUAACAAGUUGCUUCCAAAGGUCCGCAAUGUGACUAUCUCCUUCUCAUCCCCUGUAGUGCCGCGGGUCCACCGCCUGGUCACCGAGGAACGCGUCCUCCAGAGAGAGAACAGCAUCCUUUCAGCUCCAGACGACCUUGAACCACAGAAAUCAGCCCGGAUAGAGCAGCUAGCGAGUCAACACAGCACUUCAAACGCACAUCCCUUUGUGACAUCUUCAAGCGGUCUCUACCGUGGCGCGAGUCGACAAGUAUCCCAAUACUCGAGAGUCCCCAGGCCAUUGGCAACACCCAGGUUUCUUGACAACAGCGAGUUUUCCGCGACCGUUACUCCACCCGACAAGCCCCGGAUGCAGCUUGCCGUCAGUGUCUCCGGUACGUUCGCCGUGGAGGGCAAGCACGGAGGCGCGGUGCAGCAGGUACAUCCUGCACUUCCAGAUCAUGCCGAGUUCAGCUUCCUCCUCAGCGACCUACCCGACUUCACUGUCAACCAGGUUGACGAGCGCGAGCUACCAGUAAGGACUUUAGUACGACGUCAAGGCAACUUCGUGACCAAAGCCACCGAAGACCGGUACGAGCAGGGCACGAAGGAGCUGGUCAAGGCUCUCCAAGAUAGCUACGCUGAUGAGCCUUACUGGGAAGACGUGCGGAAGCUCGACCUUCACGAACGUGCACUACCUACUCUUCACCGGCUGGAUGAGUUCUGCUAUCGUGUUGACGAGCUUGAUGUAUCUGGCAAUUACCUGACUCACCUCAGCGGCGCACCUUGCACCGUCCGGAAGCUGCACGUGCAGAAGAACGCGUUGACAGGCCUCACGUCUUGGGGACACCUGAUGCAUCUUCAGUAUCUGGAUGUAUCUGGGAACGACAUUGAUACUUUGGAGGGCUUUGGCGGGCUCAUCCACUUGAGGGAGCUCAAGGCGAAUGACAACCGUCUCACUAGUCUGGAGGGAGUGCUUCAUCUGGAUGGUCUGAUGUCUUUGACUGUGUCAAGAAACAAGAUCCAGGAAGUCGACUUCACGGAGACCAACCUCAUGUCUCUGACCGAACUGGACAUGAGUGGCAACGAGCUUUCCGCGCUGCGCAACUUACAGUGUUUGCCGCGGCUUGCUAGCCUGAACCUGGACCAGAACUCGUUCGAGGAGUUCACCACCAAUACUCUCCAGACCCAGCCAUGCCCAUCCCUACGCACUCUCCGCCUCCAAUCCAACGACCUCCGCCUCAUAGACCUCUCGACCAGCUGCCCCAACCUCGAGCGCCUCCACCUCGACCGCAACCAGCUCACGCCCCAAACCCUCAUCGGCUUCUCCUCUCUCCACAACCUCCACACCCUCUCAGCUCGCGAUCAACGCGUCGCCUCUUCCCUCUCCUCCCACACCCUCCGCCACUGCUUCAUGGACAACGCCGACAUAACCACUCUCCUGAUCUCCGCAAACCACAUCCCCCGCUUCGAGAUGCGGCACCACUUCCUCAACCUCCAGCGGCUCGAGCUCGCGUCAUGUGGCUUGCAGGCCUUACCUGAGAAGUUCGGGAUGCUGGCGCCGAAUGUGAGGGUACUGAAUCUUAAUUUCAACGCGUUGAGGGAUUUGAGGCCGUUGCUGGGGAUCAAAAAAUUGAAUCAGCUGAGCUUGGUUGGCAACAGGCUGGCGCGGUUGCGGAGAAACCUCGCCGUGCUGUCGCAGUUGAAGACGCUGAGAGAGUUGGAUUUGAGGGAAAACCCGUUUGCGGUGGGGUUCUAUCUUCCUGCCGCCGAAAACAGAGUCGCGACUCGCAACGCAUCGUCAGAGGAGGCUGACGAGGACCGGGACAUGCACGUCCUGCCGAUGGGAGACGUGGAGAGGGAUCGGCAGUACCUGGCGAGGCUGGACGAGGACACGAAGUUGAGGAGGAGGGUGUAUGAGAUGCUGCUCGCGAAUAGCUGUAAGGAGCUGAGGACGCUGGAUGGGAUGGAGUUUGAUCGCGAGCGCGUGUUGGUCAAGGAUGAGAUUUGGGAUCGGCUGCUGUCUUUGAGGAUUUUGAAAAAGUCGGGAGGGGGUUCGGAGCUUGGUUUGGAGGGCGAGGACGCGUGA